AUGGCGGCCGUGGAAACUUGCGGCACCGGCUCCAGGUGUCCCGGGUCUAUGGCGGCAGCAACCAACACGAACAACGUCACCAGUUUCCAGAGGAAGGGUCCUAGAGCCGGCGGUAUCGACAGAGGUGGCUCUCGUCUGGUGUCCAUCCCGGGCACAAGACCGUCCGUGCGGAAUGGGCAGCUGCUGGUGUCAACCGGGCUUCCAGCCCUGGACCAGCUCUUAGGUGGAGGCUUGGCUGUUGGAACAGUUCUUCUAAUUGAAGAAGAUAAAUAUAAUAUUUAUUCACCCUUGCUCUUCAAGUAUUUCCUGGCAGAAGGAAUCAUCAGUGGGCAUACUUUGUUGGUUGCAUCUGCUAAAGAAGACCCUGCUGACAUUUUACAGAAACUUCCUGCACCAUUACUUGAUGAUAAUUACAAAAAGGAAUCUGAUGAAGACACUUGUAAUUAUAAGACACCAGAAUCUAAUACAGAAAUGAAAAUAGCUUGGCGUUACCAGUUAUUACCCAAGAUGGAUGCUGUACCUGUAUCAUCUUCAAGAUUUGGUCACUAUUAUGACGUUUCAAAAAGAAUAUCCAAAGAAUUGAUUGAAGCUUCAAAAUGGCAUCGAUUUUUUCUUCCAGAAAAAUUAUCUUCAUCUCUUAAAGUAGAGCCUUGUUCUCUGAACCCUGGGUACCUAAAGCUGCUUCACUUCAUUCAGAGCAUCAUUUGUGAGGAAGGAUUUGAUGGAUCCAACUCCCAGAAAAAACAGAAAAAUAUUUUAAGAAUAGGAAUUCAGAAUCUUGGUUCACCUUUGUGGGGAGAUGACAUUUGUUGUGUGGAAAACAGUGACAACAGCCACAGUCUAACCAAGUUCCUCUAUGUGCUUCGUGGCCUUCUGCGAACCUCUCUUUCAGCCUGUAUCAUCACGAUGCCAUCACAUCUUAUCCAGAAUAAAGCUGUUAUUGCUCGUGUUAGAAACUUAUCAGAUACAGUAGUUGGACUGGAACCCUUUGCUGGCUCUGAGAAAGAAACCAACCCAUUAUAUAAAGAUUAUCAUGGUUUGAUUCAUAUACAGCAGAUUCCUCGGCUUAAUAACUUGACUUGUGAUGUAUCGGAUGUGAAGGACCUAGCUUUCAAAUUAAAAAGGAAACUAUUCACCAUUGAGCGACUGCAUUUGCCUCCAGACUUGUCAGACACAGUGAGCCGCUCAAGCAAACAGGAUCUGGCAGAAUCUGCCAAACUGCUGGGCCCAGGCUGUGGCAUGAUGGCCGGAGGCAAGAAGCACCUGGACUUCUAG